GUUUUUCUGGUCACAAAUUUUCAUUUGUUGAGAGAAGUCAGACCAUCACUGGGAGACAAAUCUGAGUAGGAACCGUCAAGCAGCUGUGUUGAUGUCACAACAGUCAGGAAGCAGCAGUGUUGAUGCUACAACAGUCAGCAAACAGCUGUGUUGAUGUCACAACAGUCUGGAUGCAGCAGUGUUGAUGUUACAACAGUCUGGAAGCAGCUGUAUUGAUGUUACAACAGUCUGGAAGCAGCUGUAUUGAUGUUACAACAGUCAGGAAGCAGCUGUGUUGAUGUUACAACAGUCAGGAAGCAGCUGUAUUGAUGUUACAACAGUCAGGAAGCAGCUGUAUUGAUGCUACAGCAGUCAGGAAGCAGCUGUGUUGAUGUUACAACAGUCAGGAAAAAGUUAUGUUGAUGCUACAACAGUCAGCAAACAGCUGUGUUGAUGCUGUAACUGUCAAGCAGCAGCUGUGUUGAUGCCACAACAGUCAGGAAACAGCUGUGUUGAUGCCACAACAGUUAAGAAACAGCAGUGUUGAAGCUACAACAGUCAGCAAACAGCUGUGUUGAUGCUACAACAAUCAGGAUACAGCUGUGUUGAUGCUGUAACUGUCAAGCAGCAGCAGUGUUGAUGCCACAACAGUCAGGAAACAGCUGUGUUGAUGCCACAACAGUUAGGAAACAGCUGUGUUGAUUCUACAACAGUCAGCCAGCGGCUCCUGUAGACAGUCAACAGUGUAAUAACAAUCCUGCCUUAGAGUCAGGAAAUGUGCGGAAAUCUUAAGUGAGAUAGAGCUCAGUGACACGUAAUGUCAGGGCUCACUGACACGUAUGUCAGGUAUACGUGACACUUACGACAGCUCGGUGUGACUCAUGACAGCUCAGUGACACUCAUGGCAGCUCAAUGACACUCAUGACAGCACCGUGUCACUCAUGACAGCUCCGUGUCACUCAUGACAGCUCAGCGACACUCAUGACAGCUCCGUGUCGCUCAUGACAGCUCAGUGACACUUAUCAACGAACAUGCGAAAACACAGUGUGUGUUGGUCGAGGAUGCCUCACCGUCGGAGGGUAACUCAGUGUUCGCUGGUGUUCAACAUCGUCCUGGUGCUAUAUAUCACCACGGUCUAUGUUACUUACAAAGUUUACAAGUGUCGUCCUAUAUUGCACCAAGGAAUCUGCAGUGAACAUUCUCCAUCGAUGGUAGUGACUGUGAACGACACGAUGGAGGAGGACUCGGUGUUGAAGAAGAUGUAUAGUGACAUCAGCGAGUGUGCCAACUCUGUAGUACGACCCAGCAGUUACCAGCGUGGACAUUACUGGGUACUGGAGAACUACCUGCCUGCUGCUUACACCUUCCCAUGUAACAACACCAUUACCUAUACUACCCAUGCUGACUAUACCUUCCUUAACAACCUGGUACCUCUCACAGCUCGCUGGCAGGGACCUGUCAGUGCUGCCGUCUACGCCCCGGGCACAGACUUUGAGAGAGCUGUCGACACCAUCAUGUAUCUCAGAGACUGUAUAUCAGACGACAUAAAAAAUCAUGUCACAUUUCACAUGAUUUUUGAUGUUUCUCAUACACCAGAGGUACCGCCGGCGGAGGAAGUGCUGACCAGGAAGAGUGAGUGUUCUCAGCAGGUGAACCUGAGCUCAGUGAGCACUUACCGUUACCAACAAGGACUCUUGUACCCUGUCAACGUGGCCAGGAACACCGCCAGACUGGCUGCCAAAACUUACUUUGUUCUGCCUUCAGACAUUGAACUCUAUCCUUCCAUCAACUUUAUACCAGAUUUCUUCGAGAUGAUGGAGAAGAAAGACUGGUCGAGCACCACCAAGCCUCGAGUGUAUGUUCUUCUAAGUUAUGACAUAAAGAAUAACAGUAGUUUACCGUCCACCAAGAAUGACCUCAGACACCUGGUUCUCACUGGGGAAGCUCACCCCUUGUACAUCCCCUCAUCUUCAACCUCUCAUACUAAUUAUUUCCCACAGGACUGGAUUAAUCGUCCCGGAAACUCAGAUAUGUCAGUGAUUCAAGUGGGUGAGAUAGGUUCCCAGUACAGCAGGUGGGAGCCCGUGUACGUGGGUACCAACGCUGAGCCCCUGUAUGAUGAACGUCUGUAUUGGGAGGGCAAGAAAGAUAGGAUGAUACAGAUGUAUGCACUUUGUCUCAGCGACUACGAACUUCACAUACUGGACACCGCUUUCAUGGUGCGUCCUCCUGGCCACCAGCAAGAGGUGGUGUCCAGUUCUUGCUACCAGCAGGAGGUGGUAUCCAGUCCUGGCCACCAGCAGGAGGUGGUGUCCAGUCCUGGCCACCAGCAGGAGGUGGUGUCCAGUCCUGGCCACCAGCUGGAGAUGGUGUCCAGUCCUGGUCACCAGCAGGAGGUGGUGUCCAGUCCUGGCUAUCAGCACGAUGAGCUUCUUCAGAGUGGCUGGGUGGAGAGCAAGCAGUGUACACUCAUCAUGGAAGAAGUUAUUCUUCAGUACAACACGGUCUUUGGACACAAGAACAUUUGUUCCGUGUUUUUCGAUUGAAGAACAUGUGUAAAUGCGUGUAGCUAAAAGAGAAUGAUUGAAGACGAUACAUUUAUUUUCUGGAAGUGUUUUAAGAAAUACAAUACUUUUUAAUGAGUGAAAUCUUACGUGCACUCUACUUGUAAGCAAGUGACAAAGUUAAUAUUAAUAUUUUUACAUGAAAAAAGACGUGUUCAAACAUUGAGGAUGUUCACUAUACUGAAAAGUAUAGGACAGUUAUCUUCCUUGGUGACGAGUGGGAACUUUACCACUAUCAGUGGUUUAUGAGAUAGGAAGUGCUGAUGUAGUGUGAACUUUACAAUAUCAGAAUCAAAGAAACUUGUAAGUUAGUUGUGAGAGCAGCAAAUGUUAUUCCUGCACUUGAACUAUCAAGUGGCGGUUGAGGGCAUCACUGAGGGUGAUUUCUCUGCCAUGUGGAAAGACAUUUAGAGAGCGAGUGAUCCUGAAUGUGAACCAAACACAACAUAUGUACCAUAAUUUUCUCCCCAGUUGUCCUGACACAAGUGGCCAGCCAUCAUAAUUCAAAUGAUUCACCGAAAUGUAUCAUUUUCACGCAGCCUUGCAGAGAGCAUUCACUGCACCCUUUACAGUCUUGCUUAAUGACCAUGCUGACGUCCCAUCGCUAAAGCUACAGUAAGACAAAAUAUCACUAUCAGUCAAAAAGAAAUAAGUGAACGGUUUUUAAAAAUCACUUUAGAUGGGUUAAAAACUUUAGCAAGUGAACAUAUAUCGCUAAGAAUUUAGAUCCGGAUAAAAUAAUCCCAAAAUUUACAGCUGCAGGGUCCGAAAUUUCAACGAGUGUCUGUACUGAAAUGGUGCUGAGGGACUGAUCAAAACUGCUCAAGAGUGAUGGACUGAUUACAUCGUCUCUACACCUUCACUGCUUCUGCUACGUCCUUUGUACUUGACUGUAGAAGCCUACUGUGUAGGCGAAACGUUUCGGAAUAAAGAUACCUAACUGUUG